AUGAGAUUCCAUGUGAUGACAUUCCGGGCUAACUUGAGAACUCAAAAGAGACUUGCUGCUUCCGUUGUCGGUGUUGGUAAGAGAAAAAUCUGGUUGGACCCAAAUGAGUCCUCUGAGAUUGCUCAAGCCAACUCUCGUCAAGCUAUUAGAAAGCUUUACAAGAACGGUACCAUCGUCAAGAAGCCAGCUCGUGUUCACUCCAGAUCCCGUGCUAGAGCUUUGGCUGAGUCCAAGCGUGCUGGUCGUCACACCGGUUACGGUAAGAGAAAAGGUACCAAGGAGGCUCGUUUCCCAUCCCAAGUUAUCUGGAUCAGAAGAUUGAGAGUCUUGAGAAGAUUGCUUUCUAAGUACAGAGAUGCUGGUAAGAUUGACAGACACUUGUACCACUCCCUUUACAAGGCUGCUAAGGGUAACACUUUCAAGCACAAGCGUGCUUUGGUUGAGCACAUCAUUGCUGCUAAGGCUGAGGCUGCUCGUGAAAAGGCUUUGAAGGACGAGGCCGAGGCUAGAAGAGCUAAGAACAGAUCUGCUAGAGAGAGAAGACAACAGAGAAUCGCUGAGAAGAGAGAGGCUUUGUUCAAGGAGGAUGCUUAA